ACUCCGGCUAAGUUAAGCAAAGCAAAACGUUAGGAUACCCUUUAUGCACUUUCAUUCAGUGAUCAUAAUCUUUUCGUGCGUGAUUAAUAUAUUUAAAAAUCGAUGUUCAUUUAACAGAUUAAUCCUAAUCAUUUUAUUAUGUGUUAAAUAGUGAUGGAAAAGAUUGAUCGUUUUUAUCGAUUUCGUAUGAUUGUAAUUAAAUUAUUUUAAAACUAUGAAUACCGAGAAUACUAAUAAUAUUUUGGAUAAAGUUAAUCGUCCUAAGGUAUUGAAAUUUGGCGUUGAACGUAUUUUAUCCAAUGAAUUUUCUUCGAAGAGAACAGCAAUACGUCCAAAUCCAACAUCGAUGAUUCCAUCACAAGAUAUAUUGAGACCAUUGGCAGUACAAUUUUCUACCGUAACAUGUCCUUGUCCCGGAAGUUGUACAAGUUGCAAUCUUCGUACAAGUUCCGUUUAUCCAUUCGGACAAACUCCGAUUGAGACUCAAACAACGAUGAUUAAUUAUCAAAGAAAUCAUUCCGACAAUUAUGGAAAUUUAUAUAGACCAGCUGCCAUUCGUGCUAUAUCAAGAGUGACAAGUACGGCGGCAUCAUCGAAUAUCGUCAACAACAGUAUGGAAACAAAUGCUAGAAGAAAAAGAUCAUGGUCCAGAGCUGUGUUUAGUUCGUUGCAAAGGAAAGGCUUAGAGAGGAGAUUUUCAUUGCAAAAAUAUAUCACCAAACCCGACAGAAGACAAUUGGCUGCUACCUUGGGACUAACAGAUGCUCAAGUCAAAGUUUGGUUUCAAAAUCGUCGAAUGAAAUGGCGACACACCAAGCAAGGUGAAAACAAUAAUUCAUCUAUAACCGAUCCGGACUCGACUCAAAAAGAAAUCCCAACAAAAAUUGUACAAAACACAACUACUACGAAAAUUGUCGAAGGAAAAACUGUUCUUUCCGAAGACGAGGAAGAUAUCGAGAUACAAGUUGACGUAUAAUAAUAAUAGUAAUAAUAAUAA